UGCGCCCGCCAUGGUCAGGCUGCUGCUGCCCAACCCCGGCCUGGAGGCCCGGAUCCCCACGCUGGCCGAGCUGGAGAGCCUGGAGAAGCAGGAGAGCAGCUCCCGGCCCAAGUGGGACAACAAGGCUCAGUACAUGCUCACCUGCGUGGGCUUCUGCGUGGGCCUGGGCAACGUGUGGCGCUUCCCCUACCUGUGCCAGAGCCACGGCGGAGGGGCGUUUAUGAUCCCUUUCCUCAUCCUGCUGGUCCUGGAGGGGAUCCCCCUGCUGCACCUGGAGUUCGCCAUCGGGCAGCGGCUGCGGAAGGGGAGCGUGGGCGUCUGGAGCUCCAUUCACCCGGCCCUCAAGGGCGUAGGCAUCGCAUCCAUGUUCGUGUCCUUCAUGGUGGGUCUCUACUACAACACCAUCAUCGCCUGGGUCAUGUGGUACUUCUUCAACUCCUUCCAGGACCCCCUGCCGUGGAGCCAGUGCCCGCUCAACGCCAACCAGACAGGCUACGUGGAGGAGUGUGCCCGCAGCUCCUCCGUGGAUUACUUCUGGUACCGGGAGACCCUCAACGUGUCCACCUCCAUCGACGACUCGGGCUCCGUGCAGUGGUGGAUCCUGCUGUGCCUGACGUGCGCCUGGAGCGUGCUCUACGUGUGCACCAUCCGCGGCAUCGAGACCACCGGGAAGGCCGUGUACGUCACGUCCACGCUGCCCUACGUCGUCCUGACCAUCUUCCUGAUCCGGGGCCUGACGCUGAAGGGAGCUUCCAGUGGCAUUGUCUUCCUCUUCACGCCCAACGUCACGGAGUUGGCCAACCCAGUCACCUGGCUCGACGCGGGGGCCCAGGUCUUCUACUCCUUCUCGCUGGCCUUUGGGGGCCUCAUCUCCUUCUCCAGCUACAACUCCGUCCACAACAACUGCGAGAUGGAUUCGGUCAUCGUGUCUGUGAUCAACGGCUUCACGUCCGUGUAUGCGGCCACCGUGGUCUACUCCAUCAUUGGCUUCCGGGCCACCGAGCGCUUCGAUGACUGCUUCAGCGCGAACAUCUUGACACUCAUCAAUGGGUUCGACCUGCCCGAAGGCAACGUGACACAGGAGAACUUCGCCGAGAUGCAGCAGUGGUGCAAUGCCUCCAACCCCGCGGCCUACGCAGAGCUCAAGUUCCAGACGUGCGACAUGAACACCUUCCUCUCGGAGGGUGUGGAGGGCACCGGGCUGGCGUUCAUCGUGUUCACCGAGGCCAUCACCAGGAUGCCGGCGGCCCCGCUCUGGUCCGUGCUCUUCUUUAUCAUGCUGUUCUGUCUGGGCCUGUCGUCCAUGUUCGGGAACAUGGAGGGUGUGGUGGUGCCCCUGCAGGACCUCAACGUCAUCCCCAAAAAGUGGCCCAAGGAGCUGCUUACAGGCCUCAUCUGCCUGGGGACGUACCUCCUCGCCUUAGUUUUCACGCUGAACUCCGGCCAGUACUGGCUGUCCCUGCUGGACAGGUACGCGGGCUCCAUCCCCCUGCUCACCGUUGCCUUCUUCGAGAUGUUCUCCGUCGUCUACGUGUACGGCAUAGACAGGUUCAACAGGGACAUCGAGUUCAUGAUCGGCCACAAGCCCAGCAUCUUCUGGCAGGUCACGUGGAGGGUGGUGAGCCCCCUGCUCAUGCUGACCAUCUUCCUGUUCUUCCUCGUGAUCAGCGUCAACGAGGAGCUCGUGUACAGCGUCUGGAACCCGGCCUACGAGGAAUUUCCCAAAUCCCAGAAAGUGAAGUACCCGAACUGGGUGUACGGCGUGGUGGUCGUCGUGGCCGGGGUGCCCUGCCUAGCCAUCCCUGGCUUUGCCAUCUACAAGCUCAUCAGGAACCGCUUCCAGAGGGCAGGGGACCAGCAGGGGCUGGUUGGCGCGCAGUCCACGGUCUCGGUGAACGGGGACGUGAGGUCUUGAGUGGCCCCGCCCACAGCACGGGGGGUGGUGUCAGAGGAGAGGGUGGGCUGCACGUGCGUGCGUGCGUGAGCGUG